CUAAUAGCAUCGUGCAGAUGAUUACAGCACUUCCGCAAGAAGUAUUAGAAAUUAUUUUCAAGUACUUGGAAAUGCCCGAGCUAGUUAAUUGUUCUCUUACGUGCUGGUCACUUUAUCGGGUUUUUAGCAUUCAGCAAUACGGUUUAACUCGACCAGAAUGGCACAAUGUCCCGUAUAGUAUUCCCAACAACAAAAUGGCCGAACACCGAUUAUAUUAUCGCAAUGCCGUGUUAAUUGGCACAACGUUAUACAUAGUUAUUCUUUCUCUCGAACAUCCAAUUUGUUGGAAAUUAGAUUUGAACGAAGAAAAUCCUAAAUGGGGAAACGAUUUCGUGAGUGUGUGUGAUUCGUAUCGUCCUGUCAAAUAUCCGGCAACGUUAUCAAUUCGGGAUAAAAUAUAUAUUCAUGGCGGCGUUGAUCUUCUUACCGGACAACCUACAAGUAUUCUGUAUGAGUUUGAUGUGAGUAGUAUGCGACUGCUUGUUCUCAUGCAGAAGGGUACUGUUCCGUAUCCUCGUUCAAUGCAUACACUCAGUGCGCUUGACUAUAACCGCCUCGCUAUUUACGGUGGCCGAUGUAUUGCUAAUGGGAUACCGUAUAAUACAAAAAGUUUUGCAAUAUAUGACCUUACGAGCAAAAUCUGGACAAGCUAUAAUCAAAUGCCUAAUAUGCCUUAUGCAAGAUCACUUCAUUGUACAGUUCAAACGAACGAUAAACUCUACAUUUAUGGUGGACAACACAUUGAUUCUGAAGGAAUAACCAAAGUUCACGAUGAUGAGUGUGUCUGGACAUAUGACAUACAGCUUUAUAAAUGGCAAAAGUAUCUCUCCCCCGCUCGCGAAUUAAAUAUAUUUUCAUUUAAACUUCCAAUCGAUUGGUUAUCGACCAUCGGAUGGAAACAGAGUCCCGGUCGCUGUUCGGGUGCAGCAAUGGUUAGCUUGAGCGAUCGGAUUGUCAUAAUAGGUGGAUUGAGUUCAUUCAGCUGGUUAAUAAACAAUUUAAGAGAGCCAUGGCAGAAGGAACUGAUUGCAGCGUUUGUGAUACCUUUCAGAACGAAGGGAAAAUUGACACCUUGCGGUCCAACAGGAAAAAUAGUAUUCCUAGACAAGUUUCAACUGAUACCAAUUAUUACGCUUUACGAUGCUUGGAGUCUCCUUUGGAGUUACGCGCAUCGGCCCCCAAAGAAGAUGACAGUAGAGGAGCAAAUCAAAUAUCUAUACGAGAGUCAGGAACGCUUAGCACAGAGUAUAGUGAUAAUACAACAAGAUCCAAAAGUGCGUCCGGCAACAGCGAACCUCACAUACUCAAAUCAAAUAUCGAAGCGGAAAGGCAAAGAUGUGAAAUUCAUAAUGAGUUCGUCGAUUCGUUGCCACCCAACAGUGAGGAGGAGUAAAUGCAAGGAUGGAGAAAAUACAGAUAUUACGUUGGGCAAAGAACAUGAAGGAUGGCCUAACACUGAAAGAAUUGGGAAAAUGCAGGGAAACUGCUCAGAGUUGGUUCCCUGGGAGGCGAUGGUUGGAAAACGAUUGUCCCCCGGAAAACGUGUCACCUUGUACACGCGGACGCUCGCUUUACCAGUAAAGGAAAAUCAAUCGCCGAAAAUCCUACAACCAUUUGAUGCAUUUAAAGAUAAUUCUCGUAUUGCAGCCUUGGUUGAUUAUGAAGUUCUUGAUAGUAAUCCUAAAGAACCAAUUUAUCAUAUAAGAUGUGUUGCUGGCUUUGGCUUUGAUCAUAUAAUUAAUAUCGGAGAGAUUGAUUAUGGAAUAAUUUUUUUAGACUGCUAUGGUCGUGUUUUUUUGUGGAAAAAUGAGAGUCAAAUGCUAUGGCCACUUGGUAAUUCUCCUGAAGAAGCAUCGAAAGGCUUUGUUAAAGGGGAUCAGUUGAGAUGGUUUGAAGAGAAUGGAACUGUAUAUGAGUAUAUUACGAAAUGGGAAGAUUAUUAUUAG